AUCGAGUAGUGACAGGAUACACAUGCAUCAUUUCCUGUGUAUGGGAUAUGACCAUAGACAGUAAAAUGACUCAGUCCUUGGGUGAAAUUCAGAGGGUCCUCGAUAUCGGAACAGUCCUUCGACAGAUGUCGAUGACGUGGCAUCUUAGAAAUUCUGGCUUCCGAGGGUCCUUUGACAUUGAGGAGGUGAGUGUCAGGAAGGAGGUAGCUGUGAGGUCAGGUGCGUGACGCAGAAAGACGGUUUCGAACUUUUCUAUAAAGUUGUUAGCAAAUAUUUGCCAAUAUUUUCUUUAUUUUUGACAAAAUACGACAUAAAGCUUCGACGGAGAGCUUGAAGUGUUUUGUUCACGCAGCACUUUUAUCCUUUUAACUUACUUUCACUUUUUCACUUUGAAUUAUUAUUCAACGGGAAAGAGAUGAAGGAAAUGACUUUUUUGUUAGGAUAUAUCUGCCUAUCUUCUCUGCAUGGUGCCUUUGGUGUUGAUCCAUACAGAGUGUCAGUGUUUGUGAUGGUGGGAGAUUCAGUCACUUUACACACUAGUGUUGAAAUAAACCAGCAAGACCGAAUGACAUGGUAUUUUAAAAACACUCGCAUCUCUCAAAUCACUGGAGAUCAGAGUAAGAUCUGUACAGAUGAUCAGUGUCCUGAGAGAUUCAGAGACAGACUGAAGCUGGAUCAUCAGACUGGAUCUCUGACCAUCAUGAACAUCACAACCUGUGACUCUGGAGAAUAUAAACUAAAGCUUCCCAGCCGCAACAUCUCAGAUUUAUUUUUUUAUAUGACUGUUCAUGAUGUUCCUGCUGCUCAAGAAGAUAAAAUGAAGAGAAAGUCAGUGAAGGAGGGAGAAUCUGUCACAUUAGAUCCUGGUGACAUAAACAAAGACGAUGUGAUGACGUGGUAUUUUAAUGACUCUCUCAUCGCUGAAAUCACUGGAGAUCAGAGUAAGAUCUGUUCAGAUGAUCAGUGUAAAGAGAGAUUCAGAGACAGACUGAAGCUGGAUCAUCAGACUGGAUCUCUGACCAUCACAAACACCAGAAACACAGACACUGGAGAAUAUCGACUACAGAUCAACCGCAGCAGAUUCACCAUCAUGAGGAGCUUCACUCUUACUGUCACUGUUGUUUGGGGCUCAGAUUUGUCUUCAGCUGCUGCUGUUGUUGGUGUUCUGGUGCUCAUUGCUGCUGCUGUUGCUGCAGUGAUUUACUUUUCCAAACACCAAGCAAUAAUGGACUACAUCAAGAGGCAGCACAACAAUCAGUACAAUGCUGAGGACUCGUCUCCUGAUCAGCCUGAUGUUUUAAUACAGAUGACUCCUACAUCCCAUAAUAACACUGAGAAUGCACCACAGUAACAUUACUACUUUUUAUUUAUUUUUUUUUGGUCAGCCAGCUUCAAAAGAAAGAUCACAUGGACCUUGAAGAACCUUUCCUGAGAGUGCCUGUAUCUGCUUGUUUUAGGUUGUUUUAAAUGCUGUUUUUCUUGCGUUCUACAAAUAAAAAUAAUUUUAUGUGGUAGAAAUGUUGAAGUAAACGCGUAGAAAUGCUUGACAAACAUGUUAUUAUAAUCUUCAGAUGUUACUUGUUGUAUUCAUUGUUAAAUUGUGAAGAAUUGUUUUUUCUUUGUACUUGUAUGAUUCACAGUAACAUUUAUUCAGUCAUGUUAUAUUUAUGAGGACAUCAUUAAUUUCUCUUGUUUUUAAGUUAUUUUAUUUGUUGACAUUUCAUGCGAGGAGACAGAGGAGAUAGCCAAAGGCCCUUAAGCUGUUAAAGAACAUCACUGUGUGAAUUUCCUGUGAUGUCAGUCCUGGAUAUCUGCAGACUUGUCCUGUCUGCUUUGGAUUAUGAGAUCAGUUAAUGUUCAAAAAGCUUACCUCUUUACAUCAUAUAUCAGCAGAGCUGAACACUGAACAAUGAUCCUCCCCAUUACAGAAACAACAGGACUAAGAAGUGUGUCAUGGUGCCUUAUGUAUGUGAACUUUGUUAGAGCUAAAUUCUGUAAAGGCCAGUUCACACCAGAGAUAUUUGUCUGAUCACUGUGUUACCACUGUUGGAGCUUGUUUUCACAGAUUGUUUGUACAUUGCAUGUAAAUCCUUUUUCUCCUGUUUUUGUGUAGUGAGGGAGGUAAGAGUACAUUUCUGUUGUUCAUUUUGUUUUCUUUUGUCAGUUUAGACAGUUUUGGUACCCAAUUAGACAGAAGGUCCUUUUGAUUGUUGUUUUGGCCGUCCCCCCCCCCCCCCGAAGUCCAUUUUUGCUUCCUACUUUAUUACCUUGUCAUUUAUGCUUUUGUUAAUAAAAUGUU